ACCCUAUGAUUUUCGUUUGCGUCCAUUUUUCUUUACGACCGGACGAGUCGUGAGGACUGUCUGAUUUGUUCACGUUUUAUACGUAAAACGUGGAAAAUUUACAAGAUGUCUUUAUCAACAGCACGACCACUUAUAACAGUAUAUACUGACAAGAAUGAGGCAUCGGAUAACACAAUUUCCCUGCCCUCUAUUUUUAAAGCUCCAAUUCGGCCUGAUAUUGUGAACUUUGUUCAUCAACAAAUAUCUAAAAACAGUAGGCAGCCUUACUGUGUAUCGAAAGAAGCAGGCCACCAAACUUCUGCUGAGUCAUGGGGUACUGGACGUGCUGUGGCACGUAUACCUCGUGUGCGUGGAGGUGGUACUCAUCGUUCUGGACAGGGUGCCUUUGGAAACAUGUGUAGAGGUGGGCGCAUGUUUGCACCCACCAAGCCAUGGCGACGUUGGCAUCGUCGUAUCAACAUUAACCAGAAGCGUUAUGCUCUUGUGUCAGCUAUUGCCGCUUCUGGUGUACCUGCUCUUGUUCAGUCCAAAGGGCACAUGAUUCAAGAAGUCCCCGAAUUUCCUUUGGUUGUUUCUGACAAAAUAGAGACGUAUAAUAAAACUAAACAAGCUGUAAUUUUCCUGCGACGUAUCAAGGCCUGGAAUGAUAUCCAGAAGGUGUAUAAAUCGCAAAGAUUCCGCGCAGGAAAGGGUAAAAUGCGUAAUCGCCGACGUAUUCAGCGACGUGGACCACUGAUUGUCUACGGAAAAGACGAGGGAAUAUGUAAGGCAUUUCGCAACAUCCCUGGCGUCGAUCUGAUGAACAUCAGCAAGAUGAACCUCCUAAAAAUGGCACCUGGUGGUCAUGUUGGCCGUUUCGUCAUUUGGACGAAAUCGGCAUUUGAACAGUUGGACGCUCUUUACGGUACUUGGCGCAAGGAGUCGCAACUUAAGAAAGGAUAUAAUCUGCCAUUCCCCAAGAUGGCCAAUACGGAUUUGUCUAGACUCUUGAAAUCUGAAGAAAUUCGUAAAGUUCUAAGAGCUCCUAGGAAGAAAGUGGUACGUAAGGUUAAGAAGCUUAAUCCGUUGGCCAACACUCGAGCUAUGUUACGUCUUAACCCGUAUGCGGCGGUUCUGAAGCGUGCUGCGAUCUUAACGGCGCAAAAGCGUCAGUAUGAGAAAGAUAUUCUUCUGGCUGAAAAGCGAGGCGUUGAUUUGCCGAAGAAUUCACCAACUAUGAAGAUCAAGAAACUUCAGGAAAGAAGGAAGAAGCAGCUUAUAGCUGCCAAAGCGGCUAAAUUAAAGAAACCGACCACCACAAAAAAAACUGCUCGGGCACAAAUUAAAGAUGAAAAGGAUGUCACGGCAACGAAGACUGUUGCACCGAAACAACAGAAGAAAUAAACAAUUGUGUAACUUCCGAAAAUAAUUUCAAAUGCUUUUAAGUUACACAAAAUAAAAUUAAACAGAGAAGACCUAUGUCACAUUUAAUAUGUCACUCUUUUAUAACUAAUAAAAUCAGUGAAUGUGUGCACGUGAUGUAAUGAA